CGCUUGAAUUUUCCGAUUGAUUAAAUUGCGAGCAGAGAACACGAGAGGGCGUCACUCCAAAACAUCAAAAUGGACAGAGACAGCGACUAUCUAGGGAAAUAUCGUGCUAUUUCUGGCAAAUUGAAGAAGCGUUUCUUACGCAAGCCAAAUGUUGCUGAAGCAGCUGAUGAGUUUGGAAAUCUUGCCAAGGUUUUACAUAACCAAGAAUGUCCAUCAUAUGCAGCUCUAUUCAGUCUAGCGAAGGCCAGAUGUGAACACACCCUAGCAAACCAUCCAGCUGAAGUCCAUGCUCUGGUGGAAGCGGCCCAUGAGUUCCUUGAUGCUGAGUGGAGCGACAGGUCCAUGCACUGCCCAAACUUUGAAGAGAAUCUCUGUGCAGCCAUCAAUUGCUACAACCAUGCUGUCAGGGUGAGUAUUGAGCAUAAGCAGCCAGCCCUGUCAGCAACACUCUGCCUCCAACUAGGGAACAGUCUCAGGAGAUUAAAGAAACCUGCAGAUGCAAUGGGGCAUUAUCAGAAGGCAGCAGAACUUCAAUACCAGUGUCCAUUGGAUUGUCUGCAUUCAUUAGGAAAAGUUGCAUCAUGCAAAAUUGAAAUAGGUGAUUUUGAUGGUGCAUUGGCGGUGUUGACAGAGAUGGAAUACCUGGUACGAGAUAGGGGUAUCAUAGGGUCUAAUAAUCUACCCAUCGGCUCAUUCUCAGACAUCCUAGCUAGCUGUGAGAUCAGUAGAGUACUUCUUCUUAUGCUAUUACAGCCCACACCUCAGCGUAUACGACCAGAGCAUGCACAGACGUUAGAGAAGUAUACCUGGGAAAGUGACGAAACUAACCCAGCUACUGAAUGCAUCACUGAAGAAGUCUUUCUCCUGCUCCAAUCAGUUGUGAUGGCUUGCCAGUCUAAAGACGCUGAAUCAUUGAAGAAACUACAGGCCGAUCUAUGGUGUCACUUAUCAGCAGAACAGAAUCACAUACUCCACCUAGUCUUGGAGCAGAUAGCACUACCCCCUCAAGAAGCAAGUGCAAUAUGAACAAGAAGUCAUGUAUAGUACAGGAAACAAAACUUGGUCAUAUUCCAGAUUGAACAGUGCAAUAUCCAUGGACUGAUAUUGGAUUUGAAAGAUCAUCCAUAAAUGUAUCUAGUAUGUGUUUUAUACAUGUAUUCUUUUGAUUAUAUAUUUGUCACCUAAGGUUCGUUAUUGUAAAGGUUCAAAUUCUGAAGGUUUUUCACUCCAAUGGUACAUUAUUGCAAAGGUUCAUUAUUCCAUAAGUUUGGAUUCCGAAAUGAAGUACCUGCAGGGUUCAUCAUUCCGAAAAUGAAAUAGGGUUUGUUUUUGUAAUGCUGAAAAUGAAAUAGGGCUCAUGAUUCUGAAGGUUCAUCAUUUUGAAAUGGUA